GGCGGCGCGGCGGCGCGGCUCAGUGCGAGCCCCGGCAGCGCGCGGAGCGGAGCAGCGGCGGCCGCGCUCCCGUCCCCUCCGGCACAGCGGAGCGGCGGCGUUUCUUUCCCCCUCCUCGUCCGUUUGUCUGUCCGUGCCCGCGCCCCUCCCAGCAUGAAGGCGUUCAGCCCGGUGCGGUCCGCGAGGAAGAGCGGCCUCUCGGAGCACCCCAUGGGCAUCUCCCGCAGCAAGACGCCCGUGGACGACCCCAUGAGCCUGCUGUACAACAUGAACGACUGCUAUUCCAAGCUGAAGGAGCUGGUGCCCAGCAUCCCGCAGAAUAAGAAAGUGAGCAAGAUGGAAAUCCUGCAGCACGUCAUCGACUACAUCCUGGACCUGCAGAUCGCGCUGGACUCGCACCCCACCAUCGUCAGCCUCCACCACCAGCGGCCCGGGCAGAGCCCGGCCGCCAGGACCCCGCUCACCACGCUCAACACGGACAUUAGCAUCCUCUCGCUACAGGCGGCCGAAUUCCCCUCGGAGCUGCUGUCGGGGGACCCCAAGGCGCUCUGUGGCUGAGCCGCGCGGUGUGCCGCUGACGAGGCUUUGGUGGUUUGGUUUUUUUUUUGUUUUGCACAAGAAAAUGUCUACAGUUGCUUUUUUUUUUUUUCUUUUGAGGCGCUGAAUUUAUUUUUCAGCUCUAUCUGGAGGGGAAAAUCCGCAUUUACCUAAAAGGACCUUUUAAAAUGUAAUAAAGAAGAAGAAGAAAGAAGUCGAGAUUGAUCUUUAUCCCCACCCCAUUCUUCAACUUGGACUGAACCUAGUUAUUUAUGAAGAGACUCUUAAAUACCCUUUCCCUAGUUGGAAGGCUUCCUUUAUAUACUAUUCCCAACCUGGGGAGCGAAACAGAAAUCUCACAAGGAGUUGCCCAUUUUAAAGCAGACUUUACCUUUUUUUUCCAAAGGUGGAGCGUGAGUACCAGAAGGAUCCAGCGUUCAGCUUUUUAGGGAAGCCUGUGGUCAGAAAUUACCUUUUUGACACAAACCUAGGACUGAACGCCAUGUAUAUAUUUAUAUAUAAAUAUAUAUAUAUAUGAGUGAAACCUUGUGAACUCUUUAAUUAGAGUUUUCUUGUAUAGUGGCAGAAAUUUACAUUUCUGCAAAAAGUGUAAUGAUGUACUUAAUCAUGCUAAACUUUUUAUAAAAGUUUAGUUGUAAACUUAACCCUUUUUAUACAAAAUAAAUCAAGUGUGUUUAUUGAA